AUGACAUCACAUCUCUGUGAAACUGUGGAAGGACCCAAGACCUGCUUCCGGUCCUUUGCUUUCCCAUGUAUCAUUCGAGUGUGGGAUCAGUGUUCAUUGCCAGUGUACGAAAGAGGAGCAAGGGUGUGCCAGUCAGCCUCUGGCUCGCCACCCCGUCCUCGGCUUGCCUCCCGGCUCAGGACAGGGUUCAUUUUCCCUUCCCAUCUCGAUGGGCCCCGUUCCCAUCUGAGCGACCUCUGGCCUUGGCUUGCCAGUGCACACUGCGUGCACGUCCAGGCACAGCAGCUAUUGACAGACCUCAGAGGGCGUGAUGACUGCUGCCUUUACUUUGUGCUGCAGCUACUUCCUGCCAGAGAUGGAUUCUGUUCACUUCUCCAAGUCCCUGGGACCGGUGAUGCCACAGCACUGAACUUCACUGGUGCUCCUCUGUCUCAGAGCCACGGUUCUCAGUGCGGCUGUCAAGCCAGGAGCCUCGGCAUCACCUGGAAACUUACCAGAAAUGCAGAUGUCCAGUCUCACCCAAAACCACUGCAGAACAACCCCCGGGUGUCGGCACAUCUCUAUGUUAAAAACCCUGCAGACAGACUCCCUGCUGACCCUGUGACUGGGCGAAGAGCCACAUGGUCACUGUCCAUGCACCCCGGAGAGGAGCUCCUGGCGCGCCCCGGGGCUUGGGGCGUGGCAGGGCCAGGACCUCGCUGCGCCCGCCUCCGCCCCGUGCGCCGGGGCCUCGGCUGCCUCAGCUCGCAGGGGCCUUGAAGCAGAGCUCUGGCGGCAGCAGGCACCGGGAGAAACAGAUGACAGGAGCCGGCGGAGGUUUGCGGCCGGCCGGGCAGCCCCGGAGAAAGCUGCACAGCUGUCGGGAGAGCCCCGAAGGGAAACUCCGCAAUCCCCCGGACCCUGCUUGGCGCCGCUGGCGUACGUAGCAGGGGUCACGAUCAGCUGUCCUCAGAAACUGUGGCCUUCGCAGGAAACACUUCAAAGAAUCAACAACUGGGAUCUCCUCUUCUUGAAAAGUA